GGGAGCCGGCGGAGGAGGGCCCGCCAGACUCGCCAAGGAAACGCCUACCCCCCAUGCGGGGAGUCGCCUCGAGGUAAGAAGCAAAGAGCACAUGCAUUUAACUGAUCUGAAUCCUAUCCCCCACUUCUCAUCAGCCCAAAAAUGAAUGCGUGUGCUCUUUCCUUCUUACCCUCGAGCCGACUCCCGGAACCAGAGUUGGAUUUGCGAUUGCACCUACAGAGGUUUGUUUGUUCGGGUCGAUUGUAUGAGUUCCCCGUUGCCAUGUUCUGAGAUCUGAACCCAUGACAUGAGAACUGAUUGACAAAUGAUGAUUUUGUGAAUCAAAGUAGAAAGUAGUGCCACCGUUUUAGAAUAGUUCUACUUUUCUGCAUAUUUUCCUACUGGCGAAAUUCAAGUGUGUGCUUGGGGGUGCCCGGAAGAUGGAAUGUAACUGCAAAAUUCAACUACGCAUUUUGGCAAACACGCUGAUGGGGUACUUCAGAUGAACCAAGAUUAGACCACUGACACCGGUUUUUACCAAGUUUUUGUUUGUUUACUCUUGUGCGUGUGCGUGGGGGGCGGGUUAGCUGGUUUACUAGUUUUACCAAGAUAAUUCAUAAACUACUCCGGAUCAAGGCUACAUCAGCAUUGACAUGAAUGAGAUAAUAAACUGUGUUUAAUAAGAUUGGCGACAAUGGAAGGCCUCUCCCAGUUAGAUUAUCUGAAACGCUUUGAUGUAUGGUCCACUGUGGAAUCUUUCUCUCAUCCUAUGGUCAACUCUUGGGUUCUCACAGCCUCAUUUGUCAUACUAGCUGGAAACGAUUAUCCUGAUGUAGUUUGUCCCCUUGCUUAUUUCACUCUGUUAAAAGAUUGUGGCUUUGUCAGGUCACUCUAGUUUAGAAUAUUGUUGGCGAGGCAUACCCAAUUCUUGAUUACCAAGCUGACUUUGUCUUAAUCAGCAUGGUCCCAGCUAUCAGUUACUAGCGAUAAUACGAGAAAAAUAGGGAACCGAUAGACAGGAUAGGAAGCACCUAUCUGAAAUAGAAAUUUAACACGGUAGAAGAUAAUGUACAACAAGGGGAUAACACUUGAACGGAAAGAGAUAUGAAGUGACCUGCAGAUGGCAUACAGUGACACAAAAGUGUCCACAUAUAGCACAUACUAAUCAGACAGUUGAAACAUAAACCAAUUCUGUAAGUAAGAACCGACUGCCCGUCAGUCUUUUGGACUUCAUAAUCACAUUCAGCAUCGCAUGCACGACAGACCACGCAGAUUGAGAUUAAGACAACUUGCUAAUUAAAAAUGAAGUCAUCCAUCUUGCUUAGUGCCGCUCUUCCUUCAAAAUAGCUCAUGCACAACAACCAAAGGCAGAGCAGACCAGGAUAAGCAAAGGUGACACAUCCUAGAACUCCAAUGGCUGAUGAGUCAUGGAGGUUGCCAAACUCUGUGCAGCAACUGGCUGCAACCGUGCAAGAGCCGCCGAGCCGGUACUUGCUUAGAGAGCAUGAAGAUCUUGGCGGGCACCUGGCUGGUGCCGAGUUACCAGAGCUGAUCCCAACCAUAGAUCUCGACCUACUAUCUGCAUCCAACGAUGCAGAGGAAGCCACCAAGCUGCGAUCUGCGUUGCAGAGCUGGGGAUUCUUCAAGGUUUCUAACCAUGGAAUGGAGACCUCUUUGAUGGAUUCUGUGAUGACUGCAUCAAGGGAAUUUUUUCACCUACCACAUGAAGAGAAGAAAAAAUGCAGUAACCUGAUAGGCGGGAAACAUUUCCAGGUAGAAGGGUAUGGAAAUGACCAGGUGAAAACUCAAGAUCAGAUUUUAGACUGGUCUGAUCGUCUGCAUCUUAGAAUUGAGCCAGAGGGUGGGAGAAACCUUGCACAUUGGCCAACACAUCCCAAAUCUUUCAGGGAUGAUCUGCACGAAUACGCAUUGAGAUGCAAGAGAAUCAAAGGCGAAAUCCUUAGGGCAAUAGCCAAGCUUUUGGAGCUUGAUGAAGACUGCUUCGUUAAUCAGUUUAACAGUAAUGCACGCACUUAUGCUAGAUUCAACUACGUCCCGCCGUGUCCAAGACCUGAUCUUGUCCUGGGCGUCAAGCCUCACGCGGAUUUCUCUGUUCUCACGGUUCUUCUCAUGGACAAAGAUGUCGCUGGGCUGCAAUAUCUUAGAGAUGGAACCUGGUACAAUGUUCCAGCUGUGUGUAAGCACACCCUGCUGAUCAACAUUGGUUUUGCAAUGGAGAUAAUGACCAACGGGAUCUUCACAGGGCCAGUGCAUAGAGUUGUGACUAAUGCCGAUAAAGAGAGGAUAUCAGUGGCCAUGUUCUAUGGUGUGGACCCUGAUCAAGAGAUUGGGCCAAUAGCUCAUCUGUUGAGUGAUGAGCAACCGGCACGGUACAGGAAAAUGAAGGCCAAGGACUUACUAGUCACGCAACUUGAACAUUUCUCUCAAGGCCGAGGAGCACGAAUAGCCGAUGCAUUCAAGAUCUAAGUGAGAUAACUGUACUUUCAUGCCACAGUACCCAUUGGAAAGUAAAUAAUUGAUGAACUUACAGAGGAUGAAUCUGGUUAAAAUGAAGAAUUAGUCCGGUUUAUGUUUGAGUUUGCAUAAAUACGCUCUGUGAACACUUCCAUAUUCUCUUAUCAGCUCAGUGUCC